AUGUACAAACCAAGCCUUCAUCAUCAAUCGUCGGGAGUUCGAGGAGGCCUUCAACAACAAGCAAACAGCCCUGGCAAACCAUCGGUCCUGCAAUCCAGCAAUCCGAUGAUGAAUCAGUCAUCUUCAUCAGAAAAUAACAGACAGGAUCUCGUUUUAAUGUUUCUGACCAAUAAGAGGCUUUGGAGGGUAACAAUUUAUAGCUGUCUUGCAAGAGUGAUCGCACAUCCAUUUGCUGUUGUUGCUGCAAAUAAGCAAGUGUAUGGCCACCAUAUCAAUCUUUGGAAAAUAAUUAAAUCGGAUGGAAUUUUAGCUUUUUUCAAAGGAGUGGAAUAUCAUUUGUACCUUGCAAUACCUCAAUCAUUACUCGGAUGGCUUAUCAUCAAGACUUUAUCUCCAAUUCUAAAGAGAUAUGGUGUUGGAGGCUUUUUAAUUUCAAAGGUCAUUAUGAAUAUAGUAUUAUAUCCCAUGUAUUUGAAGCAAUCAAAGGCUCUGAUUUUGGACUUUACAAGCGUUUCUAAAGAAGAAACAUCAUUGUCAUCUGCUGAAACAAAAUUAGAGGCUUUACCUCAUACUCAAGUUUAUUCAAAAACGUUAUGGCAAAUAGUGAAAGAUUGGUGGAACAGCGGACCUUUAUUCAACAUGGCGAAAUCAUUUUACAAUUCUUUAGAUUUUACAGGAAUUGGAAUCAAAAUGACAGAAAUUGUGGUAUUUCAUGUUAUUUACAAACAAGUUUAUAAGACAAUACCUAAAUUGAAAAUACCUUACAAAAAUUAUGAGGUGGUGCAAUUGUUAAUUUCAAAUAUGGCUGCUUUACUAUUCAGUCAUCCCAUUGAAACCAUUUAUCGAAGGAUACUCUCAAAACCUCACCAUGAAAAAACAAGCAUGAUUAGUGUGAUUAAGGAGGUUAGAAACAGUGGCUUUAUGUCCUUGUACAGUGGCUAUCUUUUCACAACAGCCAAACUUGUAUUAUUUCCAAUCAUUUUUGAAACACUCAAUUCAAGAAAAACGAGGGUGCAACAAUGA